GUAUAAUCUAGUGGACGGAACGCUUCUUUCAACAGCAGCAACAGUCAGUCAGCCACCUCGGUAGCUUGCUGGACACAAUAGACGAACCAAUAAAGCUCUUUAGACGCUUUAGUGUAUAUUAGGAACUGUGUUCUAAACACACUUCUGUCGUUUUGUUAGUUAUCCCAUUUACCUUGUUGUUAUUGGUCAUCUAGCUGGCUGGUUAAGUUAGCAAUAGUCUAGCUAGCUAACGUCCCCGACAAUGAGCUCGCUAAGCUACUCACCUCCUGCUAAAGCAGAGGGGGUCUGCUGGACGGAGAAAGAGGGUCUGUGGCUGAACGUUGUCGUAAAAGAGGAGAAGGAAGAAGAAGAGGAUGUCACUAUACAAAAACAAGUAGAGGCUGAAGCCACGGGAUCAGUGUCUCUAAAUCUGGACAGUUGCUGCUCUGACGAAAUGGACCGGGAGAGUGACACAGAAGGAAUGGAUGAGGACUCUGUGAGUGACCACAGUUAUGAUUCCAGCGCGGAAGAAAUGUUUUUGGAAGGAAAAGAUCCACUUUUAGAUCAUGGUAGAGACUCUGACUCUGAUGACCUCUGGGUGCCACUCCAAAGAGACCACAGUCCUCCAUCCCCUACUCAUUCAAACGUAGGAACUGGUUCCUCCAGUAUGAUCCCUGCUGCUGCUGCCUCUGGCUCCACACCCACCCCGGCCUGGCCAUCUAGAGGUGUGAAGAAGUCAGCCCAGAAGCGGAGAAGGGCCGGUGAACCAGCGGCAACUACCACCGAGGCAGAGGACCGCUGGCACACUGUGCUAGAAGAUGACGUGGAGCCACUUCUACCAACAUUUAGACCGAGAAGGCAGCCAGGACCUCAGCUGGACAUGACUGCAAAGUACAGCCCCCUUCAUCUUUUCCAGAUGUUUUUCUCCUUGUCAGUUCUUGAUUCGCUGGUGUCUAACACCAACAAGUAUGGGGCUAAGAAACAAGUAGGCAAGAAAGAGGCAUGGAAGCCCAUUUCCAUCCAAGACCUGUACUGUUACAUCUCACUGGUUAUUUACAUGGGGCUGGUGAAGUUGAAUAACCUGAAGGACUACUGGAGAAGCUCAACACUCUACCAACUGCCUUUCCCCACCACUGUCAUGUCAUCUAACAGGUUUCUGACUAUCUCACGGGCACUUCAUAUCAGUGACCCACAAGUUGACGACGACAAUGACAAGAAGAGAGGCACAUCAAGCUUUGAUAGGCUCUGCAAAAUCAAACCUCUCUACCCCAGCAUGGUUGAGGCCUGUAAGACCCAUUUUCAGCCCAACCAGAACCUGUACAUAGAUGAGAGGAUGGAAGCCUCAAAGGAUACAAAUGGCCUCAAACAAUAUACGCGUAACAAGCCAACAAAAUGGGCUUACAAACUGUUUGUUUUGGCCGAUUCUGUGUGUGCCUACACUUGGAAUUGUUUUGUUUAUGAGGGGAAAUCCAUCCCAGACACCGGUAAGGGACUUGGUUAUGAUUCCGUUAUGGAAUUAUUGGAUUUUCAACUGCUGGGGACGGGCUACAAACUGUUUGUGGACAACUUUUACACAAGCCCUACCCUGUUCACAGACCUGAGGAAGCUGAAUGUGUGGGCUUGUGGCACCAUUUGUCCCAACAGAGUGGGUUUUCCCAAAACAAAAGUAAACGACAUGCCAAAGAGGGCUGAUAGGGGUACCAUGCGAUGGAUUCGUAAAGAUGACCUGCUCUUUGUGAAGUGGAUGGAUACCAGAGAGGUGGUCAUGUGCUCCAGUAUCCACAAAUCCUUCAGUGGCGAUCACGUUGUCAAGCGUGUGAAGGACGCUAAUGGGGCACGGACCACUAAAGAUGUCCCCAUUCCUGCUGCUGUAAAGGAUUACAACAAGAGCAUGGGAGGUGUGGACCUGUCAGACGCUCUGAUAGGCUACGACAAUGUUCUCCACAAGACAAUGAAAUGGUACAGGACAUUGUUCUAUCACUUCAUUGACAUUGCUGUGGUGAAUGCAUUCGUCCUUCAUGAGGAAAUGGCUAAGAGCUGUGGACAGACCUCCAUGACACAGCUAGCCUUCAGAGAGCUGCUCAUCCAGGAGCUUGCUGGCUACGGCACAAAGUCCACUGCAGCACCUUCUGUCCGCUCUACUCCUGUCGCCAGUGGUGUUCACCUGCCAAAAUACAUCACUGCAGACCUGAAUGUGCCUCUGGGUAAAAAGAGCACAGCAGGGAGGCGUCGUUGUGUUCUGUGCCACAAGAAAUCUCCCAUCACCUGCUCUACUUGUUCUGUUACCCUCUGCUUCACAGCAGAGAGAGACUGCUAUGGGCCUUGGCAUCAGCAGCACAAUCUGGUCUAGAGGUGUUACCCUCUGCUUGACAGCAGAGAGAGACUGCUAUGGGACUUGGCAUCAGCAGCACAAUCUGGUGUAGAGGUGUUACCCUCUGCUUGACAGCAGAGAGAGACUGCUAUGGGACUUGGCAUCAGCAGCACAAUCUGGUGUAGAGGUGUUACCCUCUGCUUCACAGCGGAGAGAGACUGCUAUGGGACUUGGCAUCAGCAGCACAAUCUGGUGUAGAGGUGUUACCCUCUGCUUCACAGCAGAGAGAGACUGCUAUGGGACUUGGCAUCAGCAGCACAAUCUGGUAUAGAGGUGUUACCCUCUGCUUGACAGCGGAGAGAGACUGCUAUGGGCCUUGGCAUCAGCAGCACAAUCUGGUGUAGAGGUGUUACCCUCUGCUUCACAGCAGAGAGAGACUGCUAUGGGCCUUGGCAUCAGCAGCACAAUCUGGUGUAGAGGUGUUACCCUCUGCUUGACAGCGGAGAGAGACUGCUAUGGGCCUUGGCAUCAGCAGCACAAUCUGGUGUAGAGGUGUUACCCUCUGCUUGACAGCAGAGAGAGACUGCUAUGGGCCUUGGCAUCAGCAGCACAAUCUGGUGUAGAGGUGUUACCCUCUGCUUCACAGCAGAGAGAGACUGCUAUGGGCCUUGGCAUCAGCAGCACAAUCUGGUGUAGAGGUGUUACCCUCUGCUUGACAGCGGAGAGAGACUGCUAUGGGACUUGGCAUCAGCAGCACAAUCUGGUGUAGAGGUGUUACCCUCUGCUUGACAGCAGAGAGAGACUGCUAUGGGACUUGGCAUCAGUAGCACAAUCUGGUAUAGAGGACUGUGGUUUAAAAAAACAAAAAAUCUAAUUGUAAAUAGUUUCCCCCCCCCCCCCCCAUCUCACUUUGUGUGUGGUUUGUGGUGCAUGUAUGACAUUAGAUCAGUGUUGGCUGCUAACUUGGCCCUUAUCUUAAAUAGUUCACUUCUGUGUUGGAUCAGCGUUCUCGUCUUAUGUUAGUACCUUUUACGUAGGGAAGCUAAAGAUCCAUUAUGAAUGACAUUCCUAGAGGUAUGUGUCAACUUACAUUUUUUUAUUGCCAUAGCAUUUUAGUAUGUUCUCUAUAGUCAUUAAGUUUUGGGCAAACUCAUGAGGGACACCUGGGAGAACUUCAUACUAAAUAUGAUGUAGUGCUGUCAUUCUUCAACGUAUCAGUCUGACACUUUGCUGCCAUGUGGUGGACAACAGCUAAAUGAUCCUUUCAGCUUCCUGUCUCAAUGUAAAGGCCUUUGCAUUUCAACGAUGAU